UUAGGUGUUGUUACUUUUGGCAUUAUUCUUUUAACUUUAAAAAAUAUUAUUCAUUUUAUGUACAGAAAGAGCAGAAGAAGUAUCAUAUAUACUUCUAGUUGAAUGUGUUUAGUGGUAUGACUAUGAGAAGUUGAAGUUGGGUCUAAACCUAAAUGGAUCUCAACCAAAGCCAAGGGGAAGCAAAUGAACUCUUUGAAGCUCAGGCUCAUAUAUAUAGACACAUCUUCAACUAUGCCACCUCUAUGUCGCUAGGUUGUGCACUUGAACUCGGCAUACCCGACAUCAUUCAUAAUCAUGGAAAACCGAUCACCAUUCAAGAACUUGUUUCAAAGCUCAAUCUCCCCAUCGACAAAACCCUUCAUUUGCAUCGCUUGAUGCGGCUGCUAAUCCACUCCAACUUCUUUUCAAUUACCAAACUUCCUGAUCAAGAAGACGAAAAUGCCAAGGAAGGGUAUGUUCUCACCACUUCAUCAAAGUUGCUUCUCAAGAACACUAAUGAAAACUCGCAAAGCGUACCAAACUUAUUACCAUUCGCUAAUUUGAUCCUAGAUCCUGUUUUUGUCACUCCUUGGCAGUUCUUGGGGAAAUGGUUUUAUGGGAACGAAUCAACGGUUUUUGAGAGUGCUCAUGGGAUUCCUAUGUGGGAAUUUGCCAACAUGAAUCCUAGAUUCAAUGGGAUAUUCAAUGAUGCAAUGGCAAGUGAUUCUCGGAUGAUGAGUUUGGUGGUCAAGGAUUGUCAAGAGAUCUUUGAAGGUGUGGAAUCAUUAGUUGAUGUUGGAGGUGGAACCGGACUCAACGCUAAGAUUCUCCUUGAAGCUUUUCCGCACAUGACUUGCAUUGUUUUUGACCUCCCACACGUUGUUGCUGAGAUGAUCGAUACUAGGAAUCUCAAAUAUGUUGGGGGUGAUAUGUUUAGCUCCAUCCCAUCUGCUGAUGCCAUCUUUUUUAAGAAUGUUUUGCAUAACUGGAGCGACGACAACGUGUUGAAGAUACUAAAACGGUGUAGGGAGGCUAUUCGAUUUGCAGGUGAUAAAGGAAAAGUGAUCUUAAUAGAUAUGGUGGUAGAUGAAAAACACGACCGGCGUGAAAUAACAGAAACCAAGAUGGUUUUUGACGUCUUGAUGAUGGUUUUGGUUACAGGAAGAGAAAGGACCGAGGUUGAGUGGGAGAAAUUGUUCUUGGAAGGUGGCUUUAGUCGAUAUAAAAUAACUCCUAACUUUGGCUUGAGGUCUCUCAUAGAGGUUUUUCCCUAGAUCCCAACCUCAGGGUUGACAAGUAAAAAAUGUUAUGUUAAUUAAAAUCAGAUGGGUAAACCUUAAAUUCUAAAACCUAAACUUGUAUUAAACGUUGUAUCAUGUAAACUUGUCUCUCUAGCCUGAUGUUAAACGACAGUCCAAAAUACUUGAUAUUGGGCUGAGUCUUGUCUAUCUAUUUAAUACAAUGUGUUCGAAGUUAGAAA